UUUCCUCGCUCGAUUUUAUGCUGAAAAGUUGUCCAAAUGGAUUUGACGGAAUUUCUACUAAUAUCCAUCCUUGGUUGGUGUUAUGUCGUAACACAUGUCCACGGUUAUUGCACCUUUACAAUACCUCAAGAUGAGUCUAAAAAGCCGAAAAUGUAUACGAAAAUCGGUAGCCGAAAAACUCCAAUUCGUACCGAUGAAAUCUCUUUUCGAAUCCAAGGAGAUGAUGUGAUUUCCAUGGCUUGUGAUACGCAUCCCGAUCAAGCCACAGGUAGCAUUGAUCUAAAAUGCAUUGGCACUGAUCUUUAUGUAGAUAGUUUAAAACUCCGUAGUCAUCCCCAAUUUUCGUGCUAUCCCAUAGAGUGGACUUUGUAUGAGUCAUCGAAACAGUUCGAUUGGUGCCCCACUCCCUUGGCAUCAUUCCUGUUGGCAAGACCUGUGAAUGAAACUGUUUUUGAAUAUUUAGCCGGUGUUUGUUAUAACACGGAACAACAACAAAUCCAGAACUUAUACUAUGCUGCAGCUCAUCAAUUGUCGAAACAUAAGUAUCCUGCUCGCCUUGAAAAUUAUUUUCCAUCGGCAGAAAUAAAGGAUAUACUCCAAAAAUAUGUACCCCGCCGCAUUUACAGCUCAUAUUUCAAUAAUGUGGAAAUCCAAUAUUGGUUGCAAUUUUCCCAAUACGAAAAUCAUUCAUUAAUACAGGAUCCGAAUUUAUAUAGAAAUGUCUUUCAUAAAUUUGGUGGUUUAUUGGAAUUGGAUUGGUGGCCGAAUUUACGUUCGGGGAAUUGGCGUCUCUAUGAGCAGGCCUUGAGGGAGCACAUUGACACAGAUGGGGAGAUUUAUGAUAUUUUGGCAGGGGUAUCUGGUUCGAUAGCUGUACCCUAUUAUGGAAAUGCAAGUCAUGAAAACUACACCAUGAUAGAUGUGACCUAUUGGAAUGAUCAAAAAAUUCCUCUUUAUGUAUGGCACUGUUUGAAGUCUCCCAAGGAGAAUGGUAGAGAUUUCGUUGUGAUUGGCGUCAAUUCAGCAUUUAGUGAUUUCUAUAGGGAAAAGGAUUUGAUAUUUUGCCCCGACAUCUGCCACAAAAUCAAUUGGUUAGAAACUGUUCAAAUAACUUUCCGUUACAAAACAAUGGGUCUGAUAUUUUGCUGUGAUGCCGAGGAAGUAAAGAUGUCGAAAAAUUUGGAUAGAUUCCCAUUGCCAUUAACCCCAGAUAAAAAUGUAGCAUAACUCCUGCCAUGGCCAAAAAGGGACAUAAACAUUUAAAUUAAUAAAUAAAUCUUUAUAUUC